CCUCAACAAUUCAUGUUUUGAUCUCUUUAGUUUGCACCACGGAUUUCAACUGGUUUCACAACAUAUAUUUUAAUAAAAUGGAUACAUCAUACCGUGGUAAAAUUGACCAUGCGUGCAGAAUGGGCGAAGAAUUCACAAAAAUGUACUAUGAAACAAUGGACAAACGACGACAUAUGUUGUCGAGAUUGUACAUGGAUUCAGCUGUUUUAUCAUGGAAUGGCAAUGGUGUGCAAGGAAAUGAUGGAAUUCAGAAAUAUUAUAUUGAGCUGCCAGCCACAGAUCAUAAAGUGAUAACACUAGACUCCCAACCCAUAAUAGCACCAUGUGUGGGGGAUCAACCUGCAUUUAUGAUACAAGUAACAGGACAUGUGAGAUAUCAGGCCAAAGUACCCAAAACCUUCCAGCAGAACUUCAUUAUCACAGCAAUUGCAGACAAAUGGAAAGUAGUCACUGAUUGUUUCAGAUUACAAGAACCUGUUGAUAAAUAAUCUUAGAUUUAAUAUAUAAACACUAAAUUAA